AUGGGGAAAGAGGUUUCUGGUUUAAGUAGUUUAAAGGAGGAGAACAAGAAGAGAAUGAAGGAGUUGGAGACGAAGCUUGGUGCUUUGGAAGUGAAGGAGUUAGAGAAGAGGAACAAGAAGGUUGGAUCAGAGGAAGAGAUGAGAGAUAAGAUUGAGAAUAAGGAGAAGGAAGUUGAUGAAUUGAAGGAGAAGAUCAAUGAUUUGGAAUCCAAUGUUUGCAGAAGGAAAAGCAGAGGAGAAAGUGGUGGCGAUGGGAUCAAGAUUGUGGAGUUAGAGAGACUGAUUGAUGAGUCUGUGAAGAUGAUCAUUGACUGA